AUGAAAAGAGUGAAAAUCAAACCGGAUAAGAAAGCUAAGGCAACUGGAAAAUGUGUAAACAGAAAGGAAAGCUCACUGGAAACAUCAGCCAAAUGUCUUCAAAAAUCAAAUAAUUUCCUAUCUACCAUUGAAAAAGCUCAGGAUUGGCUUCUACGUGAUAAUAACACUAAAAAAUUAUUCGAAUUCUUUGAAUUUUCCAGUACACGUGCCGGCUCAGUGUCAAGGGAGAUAUUUGCCGCAGGUUUUCGAGAUCUCUCCUCGCCACUAAACGACGUCGAAGUUGAAGCUCUGACGUCAUUACUACUCGUCAAAGAAAGUCACGAUGAUGAUGAUGGUGGUGGUGAUAAUGAUGGUCAAGUUGAUGAUGAUGACGAUGGCGGUGCUGGUAGCGAUAGUAAGAGGAAUGGUCAUCUUGAAGAUAUAGUCCAGUUUGAUAAAUUACAUAACGUCCUUUUGUAUUUGAGGCAUUCCCUUGAAGAGUACAACCAGUUGUUUCGUGGCCAUCCAAGACGCGUGAAAAUAUACUUCCGUUUCUUGCCGUUCGAUUUCCUGGACAACCAUCCCGGUCACGUGAUCGCCUCUGUGGACGAUGACGUCACCGUACGUCAGCUCGAACGUCUCAUUGGCCAGCUGAGCGGCAUGGCGGCCAGGAAGUUUACAUUCUACAGGAAGGCUAACAGAGAUAGUCCAAACAACAACAUUGCAACCACCAACAACAAAAACAUCAACGCAAAUGCUAACAACAACAACCAAGAUAACAACAAUAACAACAACAAGAUGAACGACAACAUCAGCGGUAGAGGCAAGAGAAGCGACGACAGGAAGACAGUUGCUGCAGAUGAUAGCCAACAUGAAGUGUGCAUUCGCGUGAAAAAUUUCAAAACCUCUGCGGGAUCAACUAUGAAUAACAACAACAACAAUAACCACAACAACAACAACAAUAACAACAACAGCAACAACAACAGCAACAACAACAAUAGCAUCAACAACAACAGCAACAACAGCAACAACAACAACAGCAGCAACAGUAGCAGCAUCAGCAACAACAACAACAACUCUACCAACAAUCAUAUUCCCAACAAUGACAAAUUUAUACCAAUACCAGAGAACACGGUAUUGAGAAACUUGGGUAUUAAAUGCGGUACAGCUAUACGCCCGUACGAGUUUUGUAUUCAUUACGAUUGCGUUGACGAGCCACUCAACGAUGAACCCAUCUUAACGUGUGACCAUUACUUCUGCGGUUUAAUGCAUUAA